AUGGCAAACGUGGCAAUCGAUUCGGGCGAUUUAUUGCUUGAGAGCAUGACAACUUCGAUCAAAACUUUAGAAGAUCAGAUUAAAAGCACGAAAACGGCUCAACUAGCUUUGAAUCAAAACGCGGAGCUUUUAGCCGAGGUUCGUGGCUUUUUUAGCUAAUUUUUUUUCAUCUGAUUUGUUAUUUUUUCUUUGGAAUAGUUAGAAGUAAGCGAAGUUCAAUAGUUUUUAAAGUUAAUGAGUGAAAAAAAUUGAAAAACUCCUGAAAUAAAAUAAAUUUUUUUUAAAGAUUUGCAUAGUUAACAAUAUUCGAUUAUUUCACUUCAUAAAAUUAUCUCUUUUUUCAUUUUCGGUAAAUAAUAAUGAUAUUUCAAGGUUAAACUAGUUUAUAAAUAAUUUCAUGAAAAAAAUUUCUUUGCAGUUUAUGCGAGAAUUAAACGAGCAUGAAGCGCCGCUGACUCUUUAUUCACAUGCAUUAAAAACUACAGGAUUCGCAAAUCCGAAUGAAUAA